UAUAGUGUAAUCUAGUUUCACCAACCAACAUAUAAGUACAAGUUAAAGCUUGUGCUUAACAAGAGUUUUAUUAGGUUUGAAUUCGCUCUUCCUCUCGCAGAAUAAAGAUCAUGGUUCUUUGUUCUUAGUGCAUAACUCUUUGUUUCUUCAUACUUCACCAAAGACUAUAUAGCUCUUUCUUGCCUAAGUCAUCUCUCCAACUUCAUCAUUCCUCAAUAACAUCCUUCCUUUUCAUCAAUAACCUCUAUCUGAUUUUCUCUUUUUUGUAGCCGCCUUUAUCCUCUAUUAAUGGACCCCUUCAAACACUUUCUGAGCAAAGAAGGAUGCAGUAGCAGUGAAUCAGGGUGGACAAGGUACUUAGCUUCGCCUAUGCAAGAUGAUUUUGAAGGCAGUGAAGACAAUUAUAACAAGUACAGCAUCAAAGAUGAUGAUGGUGAGGGAAACAGUGAUGAUUCAAUGGUAUCUGAUGCCUCUUCUGCCCCAAGUCAUCAUCAGUAUAAACACAAGGAUGGUCAAGGUAGUCAUAGCAGUGCUCAUCUUAAUCAUGAUAAAGGUGAUUACGCUAGCAAGCAUUCUUCACGCAAGGAGGGAAAGAAAGAAGCGAAAAAGAGUGUCGAGAACAGUGGCAAAUCCAAACGGAAACUCGGUGGUCAAGAAAGGUACCGCAAGUAG